AUGAUGAUGAUGAUGGGCCGUGUGAUGUGUGUGUUGGCCGUUGUGCUGUGCUGCGCCUGUGGAGCUACUCUCUCUGUUGGAGUGGCAGCCACUAGUAAUGAUGUAUGGAACGAUUUUCUUGGUACAGCAAUUUAUGAUUAUGAUUGUUUUAAGAGAAAUGCUGAGAAAUCUAUUAAUGGUAUCACUUGUGAGGCAUGGAAAAAACAUAAGAAGGAGACUGGAGAACCGGAUCCCUAUGCUCCUGCCUCUUCACCUCCUCAACCACUACAGAACACGGUGAAUCACCCUGUCCUAACAGAGGCCGUACAACGUCAAGAAAUAACUGGUGAGACUUCAUCACAAGGGGCUGAACUGGGGCAGGAAAGCAAAGGAACGAAAGGGGAUACACCAGAACACCCUGUCAGUGCCACUGAAGCUGAGGGACAGAAACAAGAGACAGAUGCGACAGAUGGUGCAAUCACAUCUCGAGGACAAACGCCAGAUUCUAAUGCAGCACAACAAGUUAAUCAAGAAACAUCAAGCACAACAGCUAACAGUACACUUGGUAAUUCUAAACCUUAUCAGCAAUCUCCUGCAACUGUGGAUGCGACUGACACACCAAACUCACAACAAACCAAUUCCACUACUCCGCCGAGCCCCGAGAGCACUACCACAGAAGCACCAACCACCAUACCAUCUUUAUCUUCUGUACCCAGCGCAGAGAUCAGCAGCAUUACUUCCACCAUGAAGAACAAUAAGGCUAAUGUUGACAACAGUGUCAAUCCUGUGUGGAUGCGUACUGCAGCACCGCUACUGAUUGUGGCUGUGUUGUUCUCCGUUACUGUGUACUGA